UGUGCUGCAAUCGUUCCAGGAAAUAGUUAGGUUAUAGUUCCCAGCAAGGUUUAUUUUUCCGUCUUUGUCUUGUGUACUGAGCUGUAGCUAGUACAGAAAAUAUUAGACACUAAGCUGCAGGCUUCCAUUUAUAUUGUAUCACUGAACUCUCCUUUUUAUUAUUAUUUUUUUUUCUUUUAAGAAUUUGGAUUGUCAAGAAUUCACGAUGAUGAGCCUUUUUUUUCCUCUUUUAUUUGUCCCUGUUCUGUGUAUGAACAGCUUCUCAGGAGUGCAGGGAAGAAAAUGGAAAGGUGAAGGUACUACUCAAAACCUGGAAAGUAUUAUCAUUGGAAGAUGCUAUGAUUAUAUUAGAAUUCUGAACCCUGCUGUUGGUGAGAAGAAUUGUUCACAGAUAUGGGAAGCAUUUAAAAAUGCAUUUAUUAGCAAGGAUCCUUGCAACAUUCUACCUAAGGAUUAUGAAUUAUUUAUCAACCUCACAUUGCACACAAUUCCACCUAACAAGUCCAUUUUCUGGGAAAAUAAUCAGCUACUAGUCAAUAGCUUUGCUGACAGAGGACGUCGCUACAUGUCUGUGAGUGAUACUCUGUUUGGCUUCGUUGCAGAUUUUCUGAACUGGUGUGGGCAGGCAGACAGCCCUGGACUGGACUAUGAAUCCUGCCCUACCACGAUGGAAUGUGAAAAUAAUCCGGUGGAAUCGUUCUGGAGGAUGGCCUCAAUCACUUAUGCACAGCGCAGCUCUGGGGUGAUACAGGUCUUGCUGAAUGGUUCUGCAGAUGGAGGAGCUUAUCCACAGCCAGGUUUUUUUGCGGAUUAUGAAAUACCUAAUCUCCAGAAAGACAAAAUCUCACAAAUUGUCAUUUGGGUUGUGGAUGACAUUGAAGGACCAGAUAUAGAUUCCUGUGGAACUAAUAGUGUAAAGACAUUAGAAACCAGGCUGAAAACUCUUGGCUAUGAUGUCACUUGCACUGACAAUUACAAGUCUGUAAUGUUCUUACUCUGCCUGGAUAAUCCUGAUGAUUCUAAGUGUUCCCUUGCAUCAUCUGCACCAGCAGCACAAAGAGGACCUAUAUCUUCAGACAGAGGAGGCAGCUGGAACAAGCUCAUGUUUGUUUCUUUUGCAGGCUUUUUGUUCAGAUUUGCUUUAGUGUACUAAGUUAAUCAACUGAAUCCGUAUCCUCUAUUUGCCUGUCUAUAAAUUUGGCUUCAGCUAAUUUCUAACAGCAGUUUCACCCUAUUCUUUGGACUGGAAAACCUGCAUAUUAAAACCUUGCAUACUAGGUACUGGCUUCUUUUAGUAUCAAAAAUUAUCCCACUGCAGCUAGAAAGCCUCACCCUUAAUUUUCUUUUCUUUUUCUAGAAGAAGUUUGUUGCUAUUUCCUCUUAUCUUUAUUCUCCAGACUUAAACUGAGAAUAAUACUUCCUGGCCACAUAUUUUAGAAAGAAAAAUGAUACUAUGCCUGUCAUACAUCAGCCACAGAGAUUACUUGUUUGUAAAACCAUCCUAGCAUCUGACUUUGGAAACUAAGUGACUGAUUAUCACGUUUUGGGAAGGCUAAACAUCAAGUAGGAGAGAUCUUAGAUUGCUCACUUGAUACAAGAUGCAAUAGGUAAGACAGUGGAAAAGUAAACUCAUCUUCAUAAGUGGUCCAGUACUAUUUUACCACAUUAAUAUCAACUGCUUCAUCAUCCACACAGCUGUUCCUCCGCUGGCUGUUUCCUGGCCACCAGAUAGCAAAUAAUCAGAAAUACCAGGUCUAGAAAGUUCCACAGUUUUUUCACCCCUAUGUGAUUUAUGGUGUAUCAAAUUCAGAUAAGAAUCUGCCAAGUCAGACAUUGGCCUGCUUGCAGUGAACUCGGGUAGCAGGGUUCAAAACACACUGAGGAGAGAGCAGAUGCCAGCCUGAAGUUUCUUGGGCUACUUCUGCAAAUUCCAGUGCUGCAACUAGAUGCUCCUCUAAACCACCAAGACAUCCAGCUACCAGGAUGUUGUAUAAAUCUUCAGAAAAAAGUAGUCAUUCUACUAGAAAAUAUAUUUAUGUAGAUAUUUUCUGCACAUUUUGUGUUAGCUUCUGUAUUGUGUGUUUGUAUUUACUGGUUGCCUGGAAACUUGGAAAUGAUGUGCUUGUUAUCUCAGUGAAUCUUAUUUAAGGGUCCAUAAUAGAUUUAUAUCCUUUCAAUCCCUGAUGAAACUGUAUCGUGUUUUAUGUUUGAAAGAUAAAAUACUUAAAAUGUGUUGUAGUUUCUUAUUUGUCUUGCUUCUCUGCCUGUAAUAAACUUUAAUUUGGUUUUAAUGC